AGGAGGAUGCUGUAGAAAUAUCUAUCGCGUGGUUGCACGGUUUUCGCUUUGUUUUGUUCUAUGAAACCAUAUAAAGGAGAACCUACUGACUGUUGUAUCAGAUUUGGUGGAUUGGUUUGUGUAGGCGAUUUCAUUUUUCUCAUGGCGUCCAAUUAAACGUUGCACUGCUUUUACGUGCAGCGUCGUAAUCGCCCAUGUAUUAUUCUGCAAGGUUGAGUGUCAUCUUUUGCAUGGGGCAAGGAAAACAUUACGUAACUAAAUUGCUAGAUUUUUCCUACUCUGAUAAAUACGAUUGUUUUGCCUGGUGCCGUUGUGAAUGUGGAAACGAUUCCGGGUUUACAAUCACCGAAUAAUUUUUCUAUUCAUGAUCGUGAUUGGCCAAAUUCAUUCAAUUUUAUUAGCUUUUUCUGGCUAAAAUUAAGUACGCCUGAGUGAAAUUUGUCUGUGCUUUUAACCUUUUUAGGAGAACAUACCAAAGCUGAAGAGGUCUGGGAGGUACAACUUGUGAAUUGAAUACGUCGACUGUAUUUGGAUUGAUGGAUAGUAAAAAGUGAAGUGAACGAAUAGAUAUUUGCAUGAUUCCUCUAAAUCUGAGACACCCACGUCCCAACGUCUUCUCGCAGUAGAUGUAUGUUCGGUGGUGUUAAAAUGCUGUAACACUUGGACGAACUCUUCACAACAUAACCAUCAGGCAUUCAAAACAGUCUCUUCGUUAGUGUCACUACUGAACUAGACCAGUACGGUCGGAUCCUUCUCAUUGUUGCCCAAUAGGCUCAUGGCCUGACAUGAUUGAGCAUGUGGUAACCAAAGUGCAAAUAACUUUUCGACCAACGCCUUCCUCAAAGGUCUGAGGACAGUUUUGUGUGUGGAAGUUUGUAAAGUUUUUGGUGGCGUGAACCGAAGGUGGGGUUGUGACUGGGAAAGAUGAUGAAGGCGGAAAACGCCCAAGGGACCAGACCCAUGGAGCCGGUCAGACCACAGCAGAACAAUCCACAAAUGCAUCACACUACGACCACGUCAACCUCUCCGGCCGUCACGUUGGACUGGAUCAAAUUUGACUUUGAUUAUUUCAAAUCUAUUCCUGGAAUUCUGAAAAUUGUGCAAUUUAUUUUCGCAAUAUUUUGCAUGAGUUUGGCUGCUCCAGCUCAUUGGGGUGGAACACAUUUCUUCCUAUUUGUCGUUGUGACCACAUUUUUGGUGACUGCCUUCUGGAUCUGCAUUUAUUUUCUCUGUAUACGAGAAGCUCUGACACUCAAAAUCCCAUGGCUCGUGCUGGAGUUUUACUACACUGUGGGGGCAACGGUGUUUUACUUCAUCGCCAUGAUUGUCCAAUUUGCCAUUUCUUCGGGUUAUGAUCACAGCGGAACUGCUGCGGCUUGUUUUGGACUGUUCAACACCAUUGCCUAUGGAGUAGGAGCUUUUUUCCUCUUCAAGGAGUGGAGACAAAGCACUUCGGAUACAAAUGCUCCCAAUCUUCCAUAAAUAAAGUAGCAAUGGUUUUAGGGAGCAGAUACUAAUAAUGUUGGCAUUUAAGAAUCAUUUAGUCUCAGGAAGUUGCAAUACAUACAAAAUAGAGCAGUCGAUUUCUGAUCUGUCAGUGUGCUGGAAUUCUUUUAAUUAUACAAAGGACGUUGUUUUGCUUUCCAAUUUAAUUAAAAAGUUGUACGAUAUUUUUCAGUCUUUUUUAAGGGCUUUUAGAAUAUAAUUAAUUUCGAUAUAAAUAAUCUAUUCAAAAGUAUUAAACAAUAACGAAAUGAAUUUUAUCUAACAACAAUGUGUGCUGCCUGUAUAUUUAUUAUUAUUAUCAAACACAAUUAAUUUUUCAAAUAUAAAUUUGUAAUCCAAA